AGAAGCCAUUUUCAUCAGAAAGUACCCAGUUGAGUAACAAGAGAAAAACAAAAGGACAGUGCCCAGGAGGAGUUGGUAUAUUCAGUAACAUUGAGGGUCUGUCUUCACAUACCAACCCUCAAGUUGCUGUGAUAAUGUUUUCCUUCUCGACGACGUUCCAGCCACAGGUAAAGCGGUUGGCACUCACAGUGAGUAGCUAACAUAGCUAGCUACUACUGUUGUUAACGUUAGCUGACUGAUAUAACCUAGUUACGUUAGCUAGCUGCUAGAAAGUGCUAGCAGCUAGCUAAAUUAGCUAGAUAUAAGCGACAACACAUGCAGUUAACUUUAGCUGUUUAAGUAAUGUAUUUAAGUUAGCUAGCCCUAAGUCUAAGUUUCUAGUUAUCUUAUCAAGCUUAUUUAGUUAGCUAGCCUGGUGGACCAGGCUAUAAUGCUAAAAAUGAGGUACAAGUUAGCAUUAGCUAGCUGUCACCGGCUGGUCCACCGCACCAGACGGUUAGCUAGUUAGCCACCAACUUCAGGACUUCAGCAUGUGCUAGUUGUCUCUUCGUAGCUAGCUAACUAGCCAGUUAACUAACUACUGUAGUUACCAACUAGCGUAGUGAGCCUACUAACGACGACGUUAAAUUUGCUAGCUAGCGUGCAUUUUGACAAUUGUAAAUACAGUUAAUUUUAAGCUACAGUAUUUUGUUAACUAACGUUAGCUUGUAAUAUACGUUUUUAGUUAGCCAACUAGCUGACUAACGUUAAUUGGUUAUGCCAUAGUAUAUCAGUGAAUCGCAUAAUCCAGCUAUUGCGGUAAAAGCUUGAUUUACACCUGCCUGUGAAUGACAAUACUGAUGUCAUAACCGUCCCCUCUGUCAAUGGUAUGAGAAUGGUUGCUUAAAACUUUUAACAUAGGAUAAAUUAAUAUCCCCAGAUGUCAAAACAGGUCAGUCGGUUAACGUUAUAGGGAAGCUACUGACUAGUAGUACAUAUAUGCAUAGCCUACAACUUGGCAGCUCUCCACACCAGUACUGUUGUUUAUCAGAACAAUAUGCCAACACAAGUCAUGUAUGUCUCAUGCAUUUCCAAUGUCUCCAUCUCUCGGGCCUCUGUCUCCUAGGUAACAAGUCAACUCAUUGGCCAACUCAUCAAUGCCCUCCAUUCCCUGAAGAAUUCAGCCAGCUCCACGGCCACAGCUUCUGUCCAGGGUCUGCACAAAGAUGUCACACCAGAGCAGGACCCCCUGCGCACAGAUGUAAGAUAAGGGAAAAACUAAGCGGAUGUGGCUGACGGCCAAACCAAUAUUUUAUUUUCAAAUUAGGUUAAGGUUAGGGGUUUGGUUAGGCUUAAGGUAAGGGUCAGUUAUAUAUUUUGGCUAGUCAGGCUAUCAAUGGUAUGCUGGUUAGAAAAGUCCCCUUAGUCUCUCCCAUAAGAUAAGCCUACUUCAUGGCAAUCGUAGGUGGUAACCAGGUAUAUGGGAUUCCUCUUGUUAUAGCCUCUGCCUAUUUCUGGUGAAACACUGUUGCAGUUCUCCCUCUGACAAGAGAAGCCUCUCAAUUUACACAAGCUGUGUCAACCUUCGUGCUUAACUACACAACUAGUCCGACCCCAUCCACUAUCCUCAGGAGCCCCCGUUCAACUUUGGACUGACUGACGUGUAACAUACAUCAAAUGUUGUAGUUUUUUUACUCCUGGGGUGUAAUCAUUAGUCUUAAAAGAGUUUCUAUGGGACAAAUUCGGGUAGGUCCCUCUCCGUUUUGUUCCUUUUGCUACCGUUUAAGAAACGUUUUGCAACAGAAUCGGCAUAAUGAAUAUGCCCCUGGUGUGUGUAGUGCCACCAGCUCUUACGGGCGAGGCAUAGCUCCCCAAGCGAACGCGUCUAUGUUGUGGUUACAAAUAAGUAAUGUGUCAGACAUUCACUAAACAUAUCAAUAUCAUGUGACAUGAACACUGAGGAUAAGUUACAACAACAUUGCAGAUAUUUGUCACUCACAGCUCCAAUGUGUUAUUAUUGUUCAUCAAAUGGCUAGAGAUCAUCAUGGCCACUGGAGUCAAACAUAUUUGCAGAUGUUUGGCCUCGUACAGGAUAAUGAAAGUUAUCUGUUGUAACUCGGCCUGAGGAAAUUACAUUUCCCUUACAAAUGCAGCAGCACAUCAUUUCAAAGCCUGGCUUGCAUAGGUGGCGACACUCACACGUCACUGCUAGACCACAACCUUGUAUAUUAAUAGCAUGGAACAACAUAUACAUAACUAACUCUCAAACUCUAGGCGGCAUUCUGCCUUACAGUUUUCAGCCAUUAGCUUCGCCCACGACUGGCUCACGUGAACUACAAUCCCGAUGCUUUGUUUUAACGUUUAGAAACGUCAGUAAUCAUCGCUUGCAAUAUGGCUUUUAAAGCAUAUGGCCCUUAUCUUUCAUCAGCGAGAAAGAAUCCUUCAAAUAAAAAAGAUACACUUACUGUAGUAGUUUUGCACAGAUCCAUACAGCUAUGGAUGCCUCCAUCCAACAAAACUAAAUUUCUGCUACACUUCCCGAGUUACACUCACACACUGGUGUUUGGAGCAUGCUAGAUAGCAAAUUAGCACAGGUAGUCGCCUCUUGUCUUCUGUCUGUUUUCCAUAAACAAGCGCUGUAACAUGGAAGUGUGGGAACACUAACCCUAUCAAGGUAUGUAUCAAUUUACCUUUUGUUUUUUGAAAAUUAUUUCUCGCUGAUAUAUGCUUACAAAACCGUACCGGAAGCGACCCGUGUUAAUGUUGAGAUUGAACAUUGGGCCUCUUAACAAAACUCCCCUGUACAGAAGACGCCUUUGUCCAAUGGCUCUUAUGUGUAAUGUAAUGAAACUGAGUCAUGAUCAAGGGCUAAUACAUAACAUAAUACUCAAUGCUGGGGACCUAUCUCGUGUUUUCACUUGGAUGAGUGCCAACAUAUGUGCUAUUUCAGCCUCUUAGGACAUUGGUCAAGGAGCCCCAUUUCAGUUCAUAGGGUUCAACUUAGCCUUGAUCAGCCAGAUCUGGGUCCCGGCUAGCUAACGCUAGCUCAUUAUUACAGUUGUCCUUCACACUGACUUCCUGUCCCCACAGCCCACUGUGAACCUGAGGGACCUGGGUUUGUCAGACCUGAGGGUGGGUCAGUUGGAUGAGCUGCUGAACAGGUUACUGCCCUCACUGGGCUCGGAGGACGGCCCAGCCGCCUCAAGAUGGAGGACGUCCCAUGUCUCCACAGAAUCUUUCUUCCUCAACAAACAUGGUGAGGUUUAUGUUGUUGGGUGUACACUGAGUAUACAAAACAUUAAGAACACUUGCUCUUUCUGUGACAGACUGACCAGGUGAAUCCAGGUGAAAGCUAUGAUCCCUUAUUAAUGUCACUUGCAAAGUCCACUUCAAUCACUGUAGAUCAAGGGGAGGAGACAUAUUUAAAGAAGGAUUUUUAAGCCCUGAGACAAUUGAGUCAUGGAUUGUGUGUGUGUGCAAUUCAGAGGGUGAAUGGGCAAGACAAAAUAUUUAAGUGCCUUUGAACGGGGCAUGGUAGUAGGUGCCAGGCACACAGGUUUUGGUGAAGAACUGCAAAGCUGCUGGGUUUUUCACACUCAACAGUUUCCCAGUGUAUCAAGAAUGGUCCACCACCCAAAGGACAUUCAGCCAACUUGACACAACUGUGGGAAGCAUUGGAGUCAACAUGGGCCAGCAUCCCUGUGGAACGCUUACAACACCUUUUAGAGUCCAUGCCUCUACGGCUGUUCUGAGGGCAAAGGGUGCGGUGCAACUCAAUAUUAGGAUGCUGUUCCUAAUGUUUGGUAUACUCUGUAUAUAUUUGCUGUAAAAUUAUAACAAGCACAGUCGUUAGCACUCGUGUAUUUGUGGUAGUCUUAUGUUGACCUUUGUAUUCAUUUCCAUAGGUUUCUCAAGCAGAAAGUUGGGUGUUUUUGGCUCGCCAAUGUUCCACAGACCAAACCAGAGUCCUCUACAAGUCGUCUGUUCAGAGCUCCAAUACUGGCCUGGUAAGGAACCAUACCUGUGGUCCUCAUCUUUGGAAUGUACCCAGCAACCCUCAUGUGAAGAUAGUUGAUUAUUUUACCAUGCUGAAUUGCCUGUCAUAAAUGGUAGUUCUAACCAGGGAGGUAUGCAAAGCUUAAAAGUUGUCCUGUCAUAUAGGCCAUUGUCAUAGUGUAUCUUAUGAGUAGUAGUGUUGCACGGUAUACUGAAACUUUGGUAAUUUUUUGAUACUAGAACAUUGGGGGGGUCAAGAUGGCCGAUAUUCAAUAUCAUGACAUUUGAAAAUGUUGAUGACAAAAUUUCCCAGAGACAGCCUUGUAUGCCUCAAUUUUAAAAUCAAACAAUACAUUUUACUUUGGUAAAAACAAUCUCACAAUACUGAACACAAAUAUAAAUGCAACAUGCACAAAUUUCAAAGGUUUUACUGAGUUACAGUUCAUAGAAGGAAAUCAGGCAAUUGAAAUAAAUUCAUUCAUUAGGCCCUAAUCUAUGGAUUUCACAUGACUGGGCAGGGUCCUGAGGCUGGUUGAACGUACUGCCAAAUUCUCUAAAAUGACAUUGGAGGCAGCUUAUGGUAGAGAAAUGAACAUUAAAUUCACUGGCAAUAGCGCUUGGACAUUCCUGAAGUCAGCAUGCCAAUUGCACUCUCCCUCAACUUGAGACAUCUGUGGCAUUGUGUUGUGUGACAAAACUGCACAUUUUAGAGUGGCCUUUUAUUGUCCCCAGCACAAGGUGCACCUGUGUAAUGAUCAUGCUGUUUAAUCAGCUUCUUGAUAUGCCACACCUGUCAGAUGGAUGGAUUAUUUUGGCAAAGGAGAAAUGCUCACUAACAGGGAUGUAAAGAAAUGUGCGCACAGUAUUUUAGAGAAAUAAGCUUUUUGUGCGUAUGGAACAUUUCUGGGAUAUUUUAUUUCAGCUCAUGAAACAUGGGACCAACACUUUACAUGUUGCGUUUUAUAUUUUUGUUCAGUAUACAUAACAAUGGUACUUUUAUUUGAAUGGUAAAUCUCUUGAUAAACUGUGUAAAUUAAGAUGGCAUAGGCCUUUUCACAAUAAAGGUGAAUGCAUAUUCUAUAGGAGUGUCUGCAUGCAUUAAGUUAAUAAUCUUGUUUUGGCUGGUCAGUGGAGUCUAUGGUGCCACAGAUGACAAUCUGUUUGCCUUCCAUUUGGGACAUAUAUUAGCCUACUGAUCAACAUUUCCAUAGAAGCUCGUUGCCAUCUGAUGUCUUAGCACCAUGUUCAUCUAGCCAGCUAGCUAGCAUAGUAGCUAAUAUAGCUGGCUAGCGAACACCACAGAUGAAAGGGUUAGUUACCGUAAUCUUUGCUAACAGGUCACAUAGCUAUCUGCUUAGCUAGCUAGCUUAUUGCAUGCAUGUUGACACAAGCCUUAUUAGUGAAUUAAUAUUUGCAACAGGAGUAAGAAUUUGGUCACAGUGUCAAUUCAUCCAUUUCUCAAUACUGCACCUUUCUGUUGGAGAAUGAGCUAGCUUGCUGCUGAUUUUCUCAGCUAGACAUUCCUCCGCAUUAUGCAGUGCUCGUGGCUCAGGUGGUGAGUGGCGGCUGGUGGCAGCAGUUCUCCUAUGUGGAGGGACUUUCGGCAAAGCCGAUGGAGAAGGGCCGAUAGACUAGAAAAGGCCAAUAUCGUCCCGACCAGUGGCGGCUCCUGAAAAAAUUCUCAGGGGGGGCAAUUUUUCUGAUGAUUUAGGUGACCUACACACAUUAAAAAAAAGAUAUGUCCAGCAACAACAUGAAGACAGGGGCAGCAUAUAAGUCAAUACUGAUAUACACAUUACUUGCUUCAAAAAGGCCUCAUGGUUGAAUUGGAAAUAUGUGCACCUGAGCAUAAUUCACAACAAGCAAGCAGGAGCUUUUGAUAGAGGCUACUGAAAACAUUGAUGCAAGUUAUUGGUAAAAUACAUUUUUAUAGACUUCCGUAUUCUGCCCUCUUGUAUAGAUUUGUGAAAAUGAACAGUGAUAGACAUUUUGCCUGAAAACAGAAUUCGAAAAUAAUUUAUAGAAAAGGUAAACACAGCUAUCUGUAUGGCUUUGUAAAAAUGAACAACCAUAUUCUGGCCAAUUGUAUAGAUUUGUAAAUAUGAACAACCAUAUUCUGGCCAAUUGUAUAGAUUUGUAAAAAUGAACAUGAACAGAUUUUUUUUUUUUUUUUUAACUUUAAAAAAAAUGAAAAAUAACUAUUUUAAACAACAUCAACUGUGAACUGAUUUGGGCGUGUGUGUGUUAAAGAGACAGACAGGGAGGGACAAAGAGAGAGAGAGGCUACAUUACUUGUACUGAAACUGUUCUAGCUUGCUGCAUGAUCAAAUUCAGCUGAUGCGCAUAGCAAUGCACGUAAUGGGCAUUCUUGAAAUGCUCACGCACCUUUUGCUGCACACCAGCCUUCUCUCACCUCACACUGGCUCCAUCGUAAGCUUGCGCAAUGAGUUUGACUUUCUUGUCGUCGGCAAAAAGACCGUUCAGUCUCUCCAAAAGCACACUGGCGAUUGAGACUGAGGUUGAUUCCGAGAUGGGAAGGAACUCAAAAAAGCGCUCCUGCACUUUGUGGUUGCUAUCUAUGUACCUCAGCACAAGCACCAGCUGUGUCUGUGUAGAAACGUCCGUGGUCUCGUCAGCUUGGAUAGCUACGAAGUUCGCCGACUUCACCUCCUCCACAAUAUGUUCCCUCAUGACCGCUAGCAUACACUCCAGUAGCUCGUUUUGAAUGGUCUUUGAUGUGCCCUUGAAAACUUUAGCAUUUUUAAGAUGGUCAUCAAACACCUCAUCUAAUUGUGCCACAAAGUUGACAAGUCCAAGAAAAAUACCAGGGUUGGUGGAGCCCUCAGUUUCAUCUUUGCCUCGCAAAGCUAGCCAUCUUGACAGUUGUACGUGAAUUGAUUGACGCUGCUACCCGCUCUUUUCUUAGUUAUGUUCAUGGUUACUUAUGUUACGUAUGACGAAAGCGCGUAAGUGCAAGCACUCCUGGAACCCAUAGAGAUUGUAUUGAAAGCUCUGAUAUUUGAAAAAAAAAAUAUUUUACAUGAUAGUCUAUGAGAGACUCCUGGGCGAUUUUCAACCUGACUGAAAUCGCCCCAAAAGGGGCGGGGCCAUUUGAAGCACAACUUUAGCCUGAUUGGACAUUUAGUGGCAGAUCAGACGUCUAGAUUAGAACACUGAAAACUACUGUUGCUGUGAUAUAAUUGAUUAGAAAAAAAAUCCCUUCCUUUUCCCGUUUGGCAGUGCGUCGCCCAUAUCGCCCUAAUGAACACACCGCCCCUGGUCCCGACAUAUCGGCUUAGCUGAUUAUAGGUCGUUCUCUAGUGCCUGCUCCACUUAGUCUGCACUGGGAGUCUGGGCUGCAUCAUGUUAACACUUAAAUAAUGAGAGAUGGCAUGUAGGAGUGUUAAAACUGUUAAUUACUGUUCUCAAAACAAUGUCCAUACAGGCUAAAACACUUUACAAUUCAGGAAGAUACAGGUAGCUUCCAGCUUUGGAGGCUAACUUUCCUUGCUAGUUUACAGCUAAAGCAAACAUCAAUUCACUAUCCUGGUACUUUGUUAGUGAUAAUCUGCAAACCAUAACGCAAAAUAUGCUGAUUUCAAAGCUGAUUGCAUUGCUACCAAAACUGAAUUCAUUUGCCGUCUCUCUCACGUCACUCCCAAAGAUUGUCUAUUGCCUCAGCGAACAGGGCUCCGACGGGCUGCCCCGCUCUUGCCUCGUGAAUGAUGUCAUUACUGGUUAAAGAGAGCGCACACUUUUAUAAAAUAAGCUAAUGAUUACCGUUAUGUAGUUUGGUGAAAACAGUCAAAUUGAUUGUAUUAUUGUAGAAUUGAUUCAUUAAUGCAUACAUGGCUGUCUCAAUGUAGAUGUAAAAUCAUUAUAUUGUAAUGAUAUUGAACUCAAAAGAUAUUCAAUGAUUGUAGUUGAGUUUCUGUUUGGAUUAAGUGCCAAUCUGUGACUUUGGCUAAUAUGUAUUCCCCCCCCCCGCGGUAUCGUUUUGGUAUCCGCAUCGAAGUAAAAAUUCUGGUAUCGUGACAACACUAAUGAGUAGGGCCCUGUGCUUUGCCUGGAUUAAAACGUUCUUAAUUUAAAGCUUUUUCAUCAAACUGUCCCCUUUUUAAAAAUGUCAGAUGGUCUAGCACUAUCCUCAGACAAUUGUUUUCAUUUUUGGUGUAAUUCAAAUUUUUGGGUAGGACUUACUCUUACUAUGUUACAUGAUUGCGCAAAACACAGGGCCCUACACUGUGAUGUUCUGGGGCAAACCACAUUCCAAGAUCCUGACCUAUCUCUCAUUGUGUUCCAGUUCGUUUUGCAUCGCCGGGUGCCUUGGGUGGGGUGGGCCCACCCGGGUGGGCCCACCCACCUGGCGCAUCGCCCACCCACCUGGGGCACCGGGCGAUGCGCCCCUCUCAAAGGUGAUCUUAUUUUCCCCCUGUGACAUAACAUAGUGAAAUUAAUAUUGUUGUAUUUGGUCUCCCUCUCACUCAGUAAGGGUCCAGAACCGAGGCUUCAAGACUCUGAGGAAGAGCAGACGUGUGGAGUCUGGUUACACGGGGCCGGCAGAACCAGAGGGCUACACCCCAACCUUCAUGAAGGUCAGCAAGUGUUACACUUUACAUAAGUCACAUAUCCAUUCUCCAAAUGCCCUCUUGGACAGAGAGUUUGGAAUGCACUCAAUUAACCUGUUUUCAACUUUACCGAACACACGAAAUGUUUGUUUCCCUACAACGUGAAGAUUGACUUGUACUGGGAUAUGUUAUAAAAUUGUAACACCGUUUUAGAGGGAGUUUCAUAGGCAAAACCCACUAUCUCUGUGGCAGUUGUCCUUGUUCUUUAUGGUGUAGUGGAGAUUUUUUCACACUUUUUUUGAGCUGGGCUCCCUCACGUGGAAAGGACAAUUUUAUGUCUUGUGACCAUUAACCCCAUUGUUUCAUAUUCAACCUCUUUCUUUUGUCCCCCCUCUCGCUCUCUCUCUCUCAUACUCACCUGCUGACAUGCAUACAUUAUGCUCUCUUUCCCACUCUCUCACCACACACACACACACACACACUGUCACAGGGCCUCCUCAUGAGACCAGACAAGGCCCCAGAGGCAGAGAGUCUAGACCAAGUGGUAAAGCUGAAGAACCUGCCAGGUGACCAACAAGAUGCUUUCAAGUCUGGCUUCACUGAGGGAUUCAUGAAGUCCCAGGCCUUCACUCAGAGGACACAAGGCACGUCGCACAACUCUCUUCAUACAUCACAUAAAAACAUUACUUCUUAGUCACUCAGCAUUAUGCCCUUCCUAGAGUGACUAACAGGAAGUACAUUUGGCAGUUUCUUUAAGGGGCAAUCCGAAGUUUAAACAAUAACAAAGCAGACACCCUGCCACUGUUUUUGGUAAACAGCUGAGGGAUGCGGCUGGAGUAAUGUAACUACUCUCAAAUUCAUAGACCGCUAUAGAUGCAAGGGCUGACCAUCCAUGACAUGAAAAUUAUAGCUUUAACCAUGUUUUGAGGUUAUAGAGGAUUUUUUACAAUUACAUUGUUUACAAACAAUGGAAUAAAACAAGCUUAUAUUUUAGGUUCUAAUGGAAUAAAACUGUUGAACUAAGCUCAUGGGGCAUUUAUAAGUUGUAUUCUUCAAGAAUUAAUGGGUACAUAUGAUUAUUUAAAGUAAAGAAUGUGAUGUAGCGAUCGCAGAUUUACCCUUUUUAAAGGAAGGUUUAUUAAUAUAUUUUAGUUAUUAUAAAAAAAGUUGGGGGGUAGAUCAGCUUUAAUAUUGCAGAUAUAUUGUAGCCUCCAUCAAUGUAAUUGUCUGCAUAAUUUCCAAUCCCCAAUAUUUUUUUUUGAAAAUAUACAGCUCUGGAAAAAAUUAAGAGACCACUGCAAAAUUAUCAGUUUCUCUGGUUUUACUAUUUAUAGGUAUGUGUUUGGGUAAAAUUAACUUUUUUUUAUUAUUCUAUAAACUACUGACAACAUUUCUCCCAAAUUCCAAAUAAAAAUAUUGUCAUUUAGAGCAUUUAUUUGCAGAAAAUGACAACUGGUCAAAAUAACAAAAAAGAUGCAGUGUUGUCAGACCUCGAAUAAUGCAAAGAAAAUAAGUUCAUGUUCAUUUUUAAACAACACAAUAGUAAUGUUUUAACUUAGGAAGAGUUCAGAAAUCUAUAUUUGGUGGAAUAACCCUGAUUUUCAAUCGUCUUGGCAUGCUCUCCACCAGUCCUGGGCUCGUCACCAGAUGUUGGGUGACUUUAUGCCACUCCUGGCGCAAAAAUUCAAGCAGCUCGGCUUUGUUUGAUGUCUUGUGACCAUCCAUCUUCCUCUUGAUCACAUUCCAGAAGUUUUCAAUGGGGUUCAGGUCUGGAGAUUGGGCUGGCCAUGACAGGGUCUUGAUCUGGUGGUCCUCCAUCCACACCUUGAUUGACUUGGCUGUGUGGCAUGGUGCAUUUUCCUGCUGGAAAAACCAUUCCUCAGAGUUGGGGAACAAUGUCAGAGCAAAAGGAAGCAAGUUUUCUUCCAGGACAACCUUGUACGUGGCUUGAUUCAUGUGUCCUUCACAAAGACAAAUCUGCCCGAUUCCAGCCUUGCUGAAGCACCCCCAGAUCAUCACCGAUCCUCCACCAAAUUUCACAGUGGGUGUGAGACACUGUGGCUUGUAGUCCUCUCCAGGUCUCCGUCUAACCAUUAGACGACCAGGUGUUUGGCAAAGCUGAAAAUUGGAGAAGAUGACCUUACUCCAGUCCUCUACGGUUCAAUCCUUAUGGUCUUUUGCAAACCUCAGCCUGGCUCUUCUUUGCUUCUCAUUGAUGAAGGGCUUUUUUCUAGCUUUGCACGACUUCAGCCCUGCCCCUAGGAACCUGUUUUCGAACCGUCCUCGCCGUGCACUUCACCCCAGCUGCCGUUUGCCAUUCUUUUUGUAGGUCACUUGAUGUCAUCCUACGGUUAUUGAGUGACAUUCGAUUGAGUAGGCGGUCAUCCCGGCCAGUAGAGUCGUUUUCGCCCUCUGCCGGUCUGUAGCUUUCUUGUCCCCAAUGUCUGCUGCUUGACCUUGUUCUUAUGAACUGCCGUCUUUGAAAUUUUAAGGACGGAAGCAACCUGAUGCUCACUGUAUCCCUCUGCCAGUAAAGCCAGAAUUGAACCCUUCUUUUCCUCACUCAACACUUUCCUUUUCAACUCUUUUGGCAUGGUCCAGAGUUAUUUUUUGAUUAAUAUUACUUUUGAGGUACUAUUAGCACUGUUUUUGCCAUCCAGCUGGUCCUAUUGCAAGAGGAUAGUGAUGACCACAGCAGUGGUUUUUAUACUUUUCCUCGUUAAAUAAGAUUUGGUUCAGGUGAUCACCUAAUCAGUACCUAAUUCAGUAGAAUGAGGUGUGCCUGUGUUGGAAUUCAACAGACACUGGAAUGGAAUGGCUGUCAUACAUGUAGAGAUGCUGAUUUAAGAAAAUUUUGCAGUGGUCUCUUAAUUUCUUCCAGAGCUGUAUAUACACUACCGGUCAAGUUUUAGAACACCUACUCAUUCAAGGGUUUUGAUUUAUUUUUACUAUUUUCUACAUUGUAGAAUAAUAGUGAAGACAUCAAAACUAUGAAAUAACACAUGGAAUCAUGUAGUAACCAAAAAAGUGUUAAACAAAUCAAAAUAUUUGAGAUUCUUCAAAUAGCCAUCCUUUGCCUUGAUGACAGCUUUGCUCACUCUUGGCAUUCUCUCAACCAGCUUCAUGAGGUUGUCACCUGGAAUGCAUUUCAAUUAACAGGUGUGGCUUCUUAAAAGUUAAUUUGUGGAAUUUCUUUCCUUAAUGCGUUUGAGCCAAUAAGUUGUGUUGUGACAAGGUAGGGGUGGUAUACAGAAGAUAGCCCUAUUUGGUAAAAGACCAAGUCCAUAUUAUGGCAAGAACUGCUCAAAAAAGCAAAGAGAAACAACAGUCCAUCAUUACUUUAAGACAUGGUCAGUCAAUACGGAACAUUUCAAGAACUUUGAAAGUUUCUUCAUGUGCAGUCGCAAAAACCAUCAAGUGCUAUGAUGAAACUAGCUCUCAUGAGAACCGCCACAGGAAUGGAAGACUCAGUUACCUCUGCUGCAGGGGUUAAGUUCAUUAGAGUUACCAGCCUUAGAAAUUGCAGCCCAAAUAAAUGCUCCACAGAGUUCAAGUAACGGACACAUUUCAACAUCAACUGUUCAGAGGAGACUGUGAAUCAGGCUUUCAUGGUCGAAUUACUGCAAAGAAACCACUACUAAAUUACACCAAUAAGAAGAGACUUGCUUAGGACAAGAAACACGAGCAAUGGACAUUAGACCGGUGGAAGUUUGUCCUUUGGGUGUGUGUGAACGGAUUAUCUCUGCAUGUGUAUUUCCCACCGUAAAGCAUGGAGGAGGAGGUGUUAUGGUGUGGGGGUGCUUUGCUGGUGACACUGUCUGUGAUUUAUUUAUAAUUCAAGGCACACUUAACCAGCAUGGCUACCACAGCAUUCUGCAGCGAUACGCCAUCCCAUCUGGUUUGGGCAUAGUGGGACUAGCAUUUAUUUUCAACAGGACAAUGUCCCAACACACCUCCAGGCUGCGUUAGGGCUAUUUUACCAAGAAGGAGAGUGAUUGAGUGCUGCAUCAGAUGACCUGGCCUCCACAAUCACCUGACCUCAACAGAAUUUAGAUGGUUUGGGAUGAGUUGGACCGCAGAGUGAAGGAAAAGCAGCCAACAAGUACUCGGCAUAUGUGGGAACUCCUUCAAGACUGUUGGAAAAGCAUUCCAGGUGAAGCUGGUUGAGAGAAUGCCAAGAGUGUGCAAAGCUGUCAUCAAGGCAAAGGGUGGCUAUUUGAAGAAUCGCAAAUAUAAAAUAUAUUUUGAUUUGUUUAACACUUUUUUUGCAUACUACAUGUUACUUCAUAGUUUUGAUGUCUUCACUAGUAAAAAUAAAGAAAAACACAUGAAUGAGUAGGUGUGUCAAACUUUUGACUGGUACUGUAUAUAGACAUACAUAUAAAUUAAAUUUAAAGGAAGAGUUAGUAGUCAUUGAGAAAUAUUUAAAGUGAAGACUGCUUCUUUUAACCAUACCUCAGCUUGUAGCAGAUUUGCUCGUGCUUUACGUCAAUCGUGACUGGCACUAACAGUGAAGCACUAAGCACAUGGUCACCACUAGCAGUUCCACCAAGUGUUCACAAGGUGGCACUGCUGAGUUGAACUAAAUCACUUGAGGUAUCAAACUUAUAUAUUUCUAUCUUCCAUUGACAGACUCACUAAGGAGGACCAGGCUGAUUCUAUUGGUCCUCCUCCUCGUGGGAAUCUACGGCCUGUCAAGAACCCCGUUUCUCUCGGGUAAAGGCUCCUUUUCUGAUGCUGGUUUGUUUUCAAUUCAAUUCCUACGCUUGCAUGAAUCCCCCUAUUGUGAUUUUGUGUUGUGCUUCUUCAUCAUACAGAGCAAUGGCUGUAAGGGAUACUGUUUGCCUGAUAAUGCUGAAAAAUCUAUGUUCGAUUAUCAGUCAGCUGUCCGGAAGUAGCUGGAUAAUUUAGUGUUUAGUAGAAAUGUGAUCUUUGGUCAUUAAACAAUGAAUGAUUGAAUAGUAAAUGGUUAUUUCAAAACAUUUGUGUGGAAGAUGAAAGUGGUAUUAACAAAAACAAUAGUUUGUGGCAAAUUAUAGUGUAGCAUAGUUUCCAUGAUGAAUAAAGAUUCCCAGGUGGUGUCAGUGGUCUGACUGAAUUGCUGUGGGUCUGUCCUGUACAGUGAGGUUCCGCACCACGUCAGGCCUGGACUCGCAAGUGGACCCAGUCCAGGUGAAGAGCGUGACGUUUGAGCACGUCAAGGGGGCGGAGGAGGCCAAGAACGAACUGCAGGACGUGGUCGAGUUCCUCAGGAACCCACAGAAGUUUACUGUGCUGGGAGGAAAGCUGCCUAAAGGUAGUGUAUGUUGGUCUGUCUUUCUGUUAAUGUUUAGAAUACACUGUGGACAUUUGGUUAUCUUCUACCAACUCAGUGGCCUUGUGGUUCGUGUCCACCCUAAGAUUGUAAGGUUGUGAGUUCGAACCCCGGCUGAGGCCAAGAACGAACCAAAGACAGCAGCUCAUAACAAAGACCGUAAAAGUGGGACCUGCUUGGCACUCAGCAUUAAGGAGAUAUAUUUUGGGAAAAGGCUUUGCGAUAGACUAGCGUCCUGGCCAGGGGGUGUACCUGUACAUCAAGCUGCCUCACGCUACAGAAACAGGCUCCAGCGCCAGCUCACACAAUCUACUUUCGUACCUCUUAUUUGGUUAUCUAUCUGUAUGGUCCUUCCCUUUACCCAUUGCUUCGUUCUUUCAAUGUAUCCAUGUUGCACUAAUUUGUGUUCUCUCUCGUUCUGUCAGGCAUCCUCCUGAUCGGCCCCCCAGGCACAGGGAAGACUCUCCUGGCUCGUGCUGUAGCCGGGGAGGCUGACGUCCCCUUCUUCUAUGCCUCGGGAUCUGAAUUUGACGAGAUGUUUGUGGGUGUCGGAGCUAGCCGCAUCAGGAACCUCUUCAGUAAGUCCCAGAAAUGAUCUAAGGCUGUGUCAAUACGCUGACUGACCAUCCUUCACCCUGUCACUCAAGAUGAUAGCUGAUUGGUGAAAUGACUUCCACCACAUGACUUUCACCUAUCAAGUCCUUUCUGAUCAGUGUCCACGAACGAGAAGAAUUGCGGAAAGGAAUCUAUCAGGACACCGCCUAAAUCUCUUUCCCUCUGUUUGGUCCGCAGAAGAGGCAAAAGCCAACGCACCUUGUGUUAUCUUUAUUGAUGAGCUUGACAGCGUGGGGGGAAAGAGGAUUGAGUCUCCAAUGCACCCCUACUCCAGACAGACCAUCAACCAGCUACUGGCAGAGAUGGAUGGGUAAGAAGAAUUCAGAAUAUAUAUGUUGCAUCGGAGAAUGUUAUAAAUUAAGCUGGACUUUGAAGUUUCCCUGUUGCUAAUCACAAGGCUUGCAUUGUCCUUAUUCAAUGUGUUGAUACUUUAACAGGUUCAAACCAAAUGAAGGGGUCAUCGUUAUUGGCGCUACAAACUUUGCGGAGGCUUUGGAUAAGUAUGUUUACAGUGUGUAGUAACUGGUCUUUCUAUGGGGUUUUCACCAGCCAGUCGGCGUGGUCCCUUUGUCAGGAUCUAACUGACUGGCUGGCUGCCAAUUCUUAAAGGUUCAACGGGUCGCUUUUACACUGCUGGAUUUCAGCAGCUCAGAGACGCAAAAUCACACAAUAAAUGUGGGUCACAUGGGAAUAAGGCUGGUGCUUAAAGGGAUACUUGGGGAUUUUGGCAAUAAAGCCCAUUAUCUACUUCUCCAUUCAGAUGAACUCAUGAUACCAUUUUUAUGUCUCUGCAUCCAGUAUGAAGGAAGUUAAAGGUAGUUUUGCGAGGCAAUGAAAACAAUUACCAUAGACUUCCAGUCAUUGCGCUAAAGCCAGUUAGCAACUUCCUUUGACGUGCACGCAGAGACAUAAAAUGGUAUCCACGAGUUCUUCAGACUCUGGAGAUAAAGGGCUUCAUUUAUUAUUGCUCCUGUAAGUCGCUCUGGAUAAGAGCGUCUGCUAAAUGACUAAAAUGUAAAUGUAAAUGUAAUUGCUAAAAUCCUGAAGAAUCUCUUUAAAGCGGCAAUCAGCGGUUGAAACAAUAACAAAGCGUUCUCCCCAGCAAGCUUAUAUUUUGGGUUCUGAUGGGGUACGACAGUUGAACUAAACUCAUGAGGCAUGAGUUAUAUUCAUCAAGAAUCAAUGGGUAUGUACAGUACCAGUCAAAAGUUUGGACACAUCUACUCAUUCAAGGGUUUUUCUUUAUUUUUACUAUUUUCUACAUUGUAGAAUAAUAGUGAAGACAUCAAAACUAUGAAAUAAUACAUAUGGAAUCAUGUAGUAACCAAAAAAGUGUCAAACAAAUCAAAAUAUAAUUUACAUUUGAGAUUCUUCAAAUAGCCACCCUUUGCCUUGAUGACAGCUUUGCUCACUCUUGGCAUUCUCUCAACCAGCUUCACCUGGAAUGCUUUUACAACAGUCUUGAAAGAGUUCCCAGAUAUGCCGAGCACUUGUUGGCUGCUUUUCCUUCACUCUGCGGUCCGACUCAUCCGAAACCAUCUCAAUUGGGUUGAGGUCGGUGGAUUGUGGAGGCCAGGUCAUCUGAUGCAGCACUCAAUCACUCUCCUUCUUGGUAAAAUAGCCCUUACACAACCUGGAGGUGUGAUUUGGGUCAUUGUCCUGUUGAAAAACAAAUGAUAGUCCCACUAAGCCCAAACCAGAUGGGAUGGUGUAUCACUGCAGAAUGUUGUGGUAGCCAUGCUUGUUAAGUGUGCCUUGCAUUCUAAAUAAUUCACAGACCGUGUCACCAGCAAAGCACUCCCAUACCAUAACACCUCCUCCUCCAUGCUUUACGGUGGGAACUACACAUGCGGAGAUCAUCCGUUCACCCACACCGCGUCUCAUAAAGACAUGGCGGUUGGAACCAAAAAUCUCACAUUUGGACUCUAGACCAAAGGACAGAUUUCCACCGGUCUAAUGUCCAUUGCUCAUGUUUCUUGGCCAAGCAGGUCUCUUCUUCUUAUUUGUGUCCUUUAGUAGUGGUUUCUUUGCAGCAAUUCGACCACGAAGGCCUGAUUCACACAGUCCCCUCUGAACAGUUGAUGUUGUGAUGUGUCUGUGACUUGAACUCUGUGACGCAUUUAUUUGGGCUGCAAUUUCUGAGGCUGGUAACUCUAAUGAACUUCUCCUCUGCUGCAGAGAUAACUCUGGGUCUUCCAUUCCUGUGGGGGUCCUCAUGAGAGCCAGUUUCAUCAUAGCGCUUGAUGGUUUUUUAAGAAACUUUCAACGUUUUUGAAAUGUUCCUUAUUGACUGACGUUCAUAUCUUAAAGUAAUGAUGGACUGUCAUUUCUCUUUGCUUACUUGAGCAGUUCUUGCCAUAAUAUGGACUUGGUCUUUUACCAAAUAGGGCUAUCUUCUGGGUUUUAAUUUUAUUAUUUUCUACAUUGUAGAAUAACAGUGAAGAGGGGGGCUAACUUUUAACAAGGCACACCUGUUAAUUGAAAUGCAUUCCAGGUGACUAACUUAUUAAGCUGGUUGAGAGAAUGCCAAGAGUGUGCAAAGCUGUCAUCAAGGCAAAGGGUGGCUAUUUGAAGAAUCUCAAAUAUAAGAUAUAUUUUGAUUUGUUUAACACUUUUUUUGGUUACUACAUGAUUCCAUAUGUAGUAAGAAAAACCCUUGAAUGAGUAGGUGUGUCCAAACUUUUGACUGGUAGUGUAUAAUUAAUGAGUCUGAAAAUGGAUGUAGCAACUGCUGAUUGCCGCUUUAACUGGAGCAAAUUGUACAGUGGGAACUACACUUCCCAUGUGCCCAGAGAUCAGAUGCUGCCUUUGGCCAUCAUCCUCCUCGAUGUGAAAGAUGUCCUUGGUGAGUUUACUGGGAAAGUCGCCCUCAAAGUUCUCUCCUUGAGAGCUCGUCAUGGGGCUGGCAAAAAGCUGUAUAAAUGGAACAAAUCCAUUAUGAAAGGGGUCAAAUAUGGAUCCGCUCUUAGUGCUCUAUUCAAUCCGCAUCGCAGAAGUUCAGCUUUACAGUGUGAUUGAAAUUGAAAGGCAAUGUUCCCGCUUUAGCGGUAACUGCGUUCACGGUAAAGGCUGCAUAUGUCGGCUCAAUCGAAAAUUACCUUUACAUUUAUAUAGCGGAAUCUGUAACGCUUCAGCUUUACAGAUUGAAUAGAGCCCUUAAGCUUGCUCUAUAUACAGAGAAGCUUUUCAUUUGAUUUUAGAAUGCAUUUGUCAUUGACACACUUGAGAUUGGAGAAGUUGCUUUGUUCUAAAUGUAUACAACAUGUCAGCAAUGGAAUCAUUAACCCAUUACUCUCCUGUGUUUUUUUAUUUUUAGUGCGCUGGUAAGGCCGGGGAGGUUUGACAUGCAGGUGACUGUCCCUCGGCCUGACGUGAAAGGGCGCACGGAGAUCCUCAACUGGUACCUGCAGAAGAUCAAAGUGGAUCCUAGUAUGUUUCAAAUGGGUUGCUUAGACCAGUGGUUUUUUCCAUACCUCUCCUCGGGGACCCCCAGAUGUUUCACAGUUUUGUUGUAGCCCUGAACUAGCUCACCUGAUUCACCUAGUCAAGGUCUUGAUGAUUAGUUGACAAGUUGAAUCCGGUGUGCUAGCUGUGGAAUAGUUAAAAUACAUGGAGUGGCUGGGGGUCCCGGAGGAGAGGUUUCAAAACCCCUGACUUAAACAGUAUAUCAGCUGACUAAUGUAUUGUAGCCAUGUUAAACCUAGCAACCUCAUCGAGCGGUUCCGAUCACUUGGUGUCACGGCUACCCCCAUGAAUUCCUGCAUGAAAGAGCCCACUGUUUUUGACUGAUAUUAGCCUCUUUUUGUCUCAUUGUUUGUUCAGAUGUGAACGCAGAGAUCAUUGCCAGGGGGACGGUGGGCUUCACUGGGGCGGAGCUGGAGAACCUGGUGAACCAGGCGGCCCUGAAGGCAGCGGUGGACGGCCUGGACCUGGUCACCAUGAAGGAACUGGAGUUCUCCAAGGACAAGAUCCUCAUGGGUGGGUAGUAACACAUGCACAUAGAAACACACACACAUACACUGCCAUGUGAGAGCGCUUAAUGUUAGAGACAUUCUAAUCUAGACAGUAAGAAUGUCAGGUCAAUGAACGUCUGGUCAGUAUCCCCCUCGUUCUCUAGGACAGAUCUUUUCUCAGGAAUAGGUGGACUUUGCUUCAGUUUGUUCCAUACUGUUAUAGGACCUACAGUUUGAUAACUGUAAUGCGUUUUGUUAGGAUUAGGAGCAGUCCUAUCUUUCUGUUUGGAAUUCAAUUAAACAUGCAGGAGUAAACCUGCACCGCAGUAAUGUGAAUAAUGUUGAGUGUUUGAAUUAAUCAAAAUUGGACUCUUAAUCUAUUAAUGAUGGACUAAAUUCUUUUCUCUCUGUAUACUGAAGGUCCUGAGCGCAAGAGUGUGGAAAUCGAUAAGAAGAACAAGCAAAUCACAGCCUACCACGAGUCAGGCCACGCCAUUGUGGCGUAUUACACCAAAGAUGCCAUGCCCAUCAACAAGGCCACCAUCAUGCCCCGAGGACCCACUCUCGGCCAUGUGAGUAGUACUGAGCAUUGUAUUUUGAUUAGCCAAAAGUGUUUGAAGCCGUGGUAUAUCUUCAUGAAACUUCUCUGAUUAGCAAUGCCAUUGACAAAAUAACAACUACAUGUAAGAUCAUUAGAACAAUUUGUAUUGUUAAUUUGAUACAUUUCAUGCAUGUUUCCAAUUGCAAAGCUAAACCAUAUUUUUAAAUACAAGGAUCUCAGAAUGUGCUCCAAUAUACAGUAAAAUACCUUGCAGAAUAGGUGCAUUGUCCCUCUACUGUUACUUAGCCAUGGGGUUCCCAAACUUUUUCACUUGGGGCAUUGAGGAACACCCCGCGCGCACGCACGCCAUGGAUAUUUCUAUGGGCACAAGCACUGUUCAUGGCACAAACGUUUCACACCCCUCUUGUUGGUGGAGAGAAUCUUUCAGGUUUACAUUUUAUUUCCUGCAGUUAUACACAUUUUGUCAUGGGGUGCAAAGAAAAUGUUGCACUUUUAAAGCUAAUUUUCUUGCAAUUCUGUAGGUUUUGCCAUGUCUGUGUAUUUGAUAUUUGAGUGACAAAUAAAUCAACUAUCUAUGGGCUAAAAAAACUUAAUAAAAAUUUUUUUAUUACUUAGCUGACAUGGGCUAGUUGAUCUGGACAUGAGGAACUGAUGAUUCCCUAUCCAAUUUCGAAAUUGCACCUUGUGCAUUCUACAACUUUCAAGACUAAGUUUAAAGCCGGACUGAUUUCCUUAAAUUUUAAAAAAAAAAACAUUAUUUUUUAAGUGGGGGCACAGUUUGGGAACCACUGACUUAGCUCCCCUCUUAGCGCUGUUGUCCUGGACUUCCUCAAAGAAGUUGGCUUCUGUUAAAUAUUCGAAUGUUGGCAGCCCUGUUUGCAGCUCCAGGGGGCUUCCGGGCCUGCCUUAAAACAAUUCAAGGGGAACAGAGAAGUACUAUUAAGCAAUGGUUUACCUAAGAUGGUCUGUCUCUAAAUCUAAUUUGUCGUUAUCUGUCUGUUCAGGUGUCCAUGCUCCCAGAGAAUGACCGAUGGAGUGAGACGCGUGCUCAGCUCCUGGCCCAGAUGGACGUCAGCAUGGGUGGCCGCGUGGCCGAGGAACUCAUCUUCGGCGACGAUUACAUCACAACCGGUGAGGAAAAGCCUAGUUUGGUUAGGGUUUAAUAUAUAAUAUAUGCCAUUUAGCAGACUCUUUGUUCCAAAGUGACUUGUAGUCAUGCGUGCAUACAUUUUACGUACAGGGGGGUCCCGGGAAUUGAACCCACUAUCCUGCCGUUGCAACCGCUAUGUUCUACCAACUGAUCUACAGUAUAGAGCAGUUCUUAAAUGUAUUGCUGAGUCUGCUAUGAAAAUACCAUUUGCAUGAUCAAUAUUUAUCUGAUUCAAGCCAUUUUUUAAAUUUGCUAUCUCAUCCUUACUCUUGUAUUGUGGUGCCACUGUUUUCCAGGAGCAUCAAGUGACUUCGACGGGGCAACUAAAAUAGCCAAGAUGAUGGUGACCAGGUUCGGAAUGAGUGACAAGGUAAGAGAUUAUACCUCAUGCACAUAAAAUGGUGGAUUGAAGACAGUUAUUGAAUACACAAAUUGUUCAUAACUGCCCUUUAUUCUAGUAGUCUGCAUAUUAGAUAAUGCAUUUAAUUUCGCAUCACCAAAGGCCUAUUCACCUAAGGCCCAUAUCUGUAAACCAAGAAUGCAGCAUUUGCCUUUGUGCAGAAAUGCCUUUCUCAGGCUUUGCACAUGAUUGGAGUGUUCUCUCAGCGAUGUGGCUGGUGUGUAUGUGCCCACACAUUCCAGACUUUCAUCCUAAUCCUUUCCUCAGCCCUGUUCCGACUCAACACUGAGAGAUUUACUCUACUACUCACCUCGUAUCCACAGUCCGUAGGUCUACUGAGGUUGUGUAGCUCAAACAGCCCAAUUCUUGGUAGAAAUGUAAUUCUGAAGCACAUAAGGGAGAUCCAUUUCAUAAGAGGGACAGACUUGGUUUUUGUUGAUCGCCUACAUCUUCUCCGGUCAUUGAUAUCACUCUCCUCCAACUGUUUAACUCUUUUGUUCCAAUCAUAUACUUAACCUGCCCUGCCAACCAUGAAAUUAGGUAUGUAUUUACUGUGCCACAGACCUGGCAACCCAUGCCGCCCUCCACUGUCCACAGCUGUUGCAUAAGUGGUUGUUUUUACAUUAUACUUUUUUGUCAUUUAGCAGACUCUCUUAUCCAGAGCGACUUAGUUAGUGCAUUCAUCUUAAGGCAGCUAGGUGAGACAACCACAUGUCAAAGUAAGCACAUUUUCCCCCAAUAAAGAUACUAUCAGCAAAGUCCAUGCUAGUAAGAAAAGGAAAGUGCAAGAAAGUCAAGGAUGUUCUUUUUUUUGCCCCUAACCUAAGACUAAACUUAAUUGUUUCAGCUUGGUGUCAUGACCUAUGCUGACCUGACUAAACAGAGCCCUGAGACUCAGGCUGCCAUCGAACAGGAAGUGAGGGUCCUGCUCAAGGUAAGCUUCCCAAUCUUACCCCACUGCACAUGUAAGACCACAUUUUAAAUCCUAUUUUAGUUAUUGAUCAUAUUUACCAACCAAUAAUCAUUCCACUUUCUAAAGAAUAGUUUUCAAUAUUCACUCUUUCUUAUGAAAAGUGACAUUUUAUAGGCUGCUCAGAUUUUCUAUCACAUUCAAUGAUCAUUCUCUAUCCUAUUCAGGACUCAUAUGAGCGAGCCAAAAACCUCUUGAAGACAUACAGUGACAAGCACAAGACGCUGGCCGAGGCUCUGCUAACGUACGAAACGCUGGACGCCAAAGAGAUCAAGCUGGUCCUAGAGGGCAAGUCCCUGGACCCUAGAUGACUCUGUGGGCAAUGCCGUGUCAGAGACAGUUAGACAUCAGGGUUGGGUUUAAUUCCAUUUAAAUUCUAGUUAAUUCACAAAGUAAACCAAAUUCUAAUUCCAAAUGUUUUAUCAAUGAAAAGCAUUAACGAGAAUUAGAAUUUCAGUGUACUUCCUGAAU